AUGGGAUCCGGGCCAGAGAUAAGGCCCCUGCAGCUGUCGGGGGAUGGCUUUAUCUGGCAGAGCGGGCGGCAGGACCAGACAGCAGGGACCGCAGAUAGAGAGGCCAGCGCAAACACUCUCCGACAUGGACUAACACACAAUAAACCAGCUCUAUUAAAUGGACUGGACCCUGGACUGGACCCUGGACUGGACCCUGGACUGGACCCUGGACUGGACCCUGGACUGGACCCUGGCCUGGACCCUGGCGUCUCUCCCGUCUCUCUCCUCUCUGGACCGGACCAGCUCUACUUGAGGUCUUGA